AUGCAAGAUAUUGGGUGGACUGCUGCUGAUUUACAGGAAAAGGCAACAUUGUUAUGUCUGCGCGCAUACGAGUUCUAUGCGCUGCUCUCCGACCUCGCGCCCAAGUCCGCCCGACUAUACGCAUUGCCGCAAUCAUGGGUAUUAUACGGCCUUGUCGCCCCCCUGAAAAUCGAGUUCCCUGAUGACGAAAAUGUUCACUUUCAAGAGCGCCUGGAUGGGGCAUACUGGCUCCAAGGGCCACCGCAGAAACAUACAUCUGCUUUACGGAGAAGAAGAGAAGCAUUGGGUGCUCGGAACGCCCUGUACGAGACCGCGGUGAUUGGAGUUUGUGCAAAGAAAGGGUUUCUAACACUGGAGCACAUCUGUGUGAAGGCAUUGUUGUCCUCAAAAUUGGCCCUGUGGCCUGACGGUGUGCAUUUUCCCUGCAGAGUUGGAGUCGAGCUCCAGAGGACCGAGAAUCAGCACUAUAGCCCAGACCAAUUUGUGCAACAUAACAAUCAUGUUCUCAAUGGGGAUCCGACAAUGUUGCGUCCGCGCCGAUAUUUUCCUACUGCUUCCAAGCUGGCGUUCCGUUCAUCACAUGCUCUUACCAGUACACGGCUCUGA